AUGCCCGAUGUACUAGAAGAGUUUAUUUCAAAUAUACAAGAAUUCCUAACAGGACCCAAUUGUGUACAGCACAAUUUAAUAAGAAGGCACACGAAAAAACUGAAUGAACUUGGAGAUGUUAGUUUUCCUCUAAAUAUUAACAACUGGUAUCAGUAUAUCGAUUCAACAGCAGGUAGUAAAUCCGAUGUGUCUUCAAUAAUUCAUUAUAAUCAUCCACAUUCGGAUGAUGAGGUUGCUAAAAGACUAAUAGAGGAUAGUUCGAAAUGGACGAUCGAAGUAAAAGAGGUUAUAUAUAGAAAUAAUGACGCUCAUGUAUUUAUCAAACGUUCUUCAAAUUUGUACCGGGCUGUUAUAAAACAGGUGCUGGAUUUAAAUGACAAAUUUGGGUCGAGCGAUCUUUUCAAAAAUAAUGUAAAAUUAAAAAUAAUUCCUGACGUAGACGAGUCAAAUACGCAACAAUUAGAUUUGAGUACAUUGAGAAUUAUUUUACUGAAAGAUAUAGCAACAAAUUUUAUUCAACUUACCACAUCAGAUAACACGGAAGGAGAGAGUUUAAUAUACCUUGUUAAAAAUUCUAUUGAUAAUAGUAAAUGUAUAUUAUGCGGACCAGUAAUAAAUGAGAAAGGAACCAAAAGUUCUUAUACAACUAGUGAAUUAUAUCUUAAAAGAUCCUCUGAUAUGAGAAUGAUGGCUCAACAUAAAUAUGGUGUCCAAAUAAAACCUAAUUCAUCGUGGGAAACUUAUUUUGAAAAAUUAGGAAGAGCUUCUGUAACCGUAGAAAUGCUGACCAACAAACCACAAAAAUCUAUCAAAAUUAGUCCACACGAUCUUCAAUCUGCCAAUAAAGGGCCUUCGUUUAUAUUUUAUAAUUGUGCAAGACUAGCAGCCUUAUUCAAAGAAUUUAAUAAAAGGGUCGAAAGAAAUGAAUAUCCUGAUUUACCAAAAAUAGACAAUAUGGAUUUUUCAUUACUUAAUCAGCCAGAAGAAUGGGAAUUAUUUUAUGUUUAUAUACUUCAGUAUCCCACAGUUAUCAACAGUUGUAUUAAAGACAUUGAAAAAGAAAUUUUCAAUCCUCAAUAUUUGAUAUCGUUCUUAUCAAACUUAUGUUCUGUUUUCAGUGUUUAUUACAGAAGAGUGCGCAUAUUGACGAAUCCAAAAGAGCACAUGUUUUCCAUUAUACACGCAAGAAUUUAUCUUUUGAAGGCAUUGCAAUGUGUGUUCCACAAUUCUCUGCGUUUAUUAAACAUCGAACCUGUUAAGGAAAUGUAA